AUGGUUCAAGCCGAGAGGGCAAGUCUCUGUUCGAAUAUCCUCUCAACGCCGCAGACCACUGACCACCUCGCGCAGGCCCUGAACGGCCCGUCCAUCGAUGCCAUGCUACGCGGUCUCACGGAGAGACCCAACGUCCAAUCUACCCUGAUUCUAUCGAGAAGAGACGGAUCCAUCAUAAGAGCUACAGGAGUCGCGGGUUCAAAGACAUCGAGCACAUCCACAACCACGCCAGGCGCAGGCGCAGGAGCAGGAGCAAUAUACCCGCAAUAUCCGCAUGCAGGUGCGCAGCUGGGGCCUCGGAUUUCGAGCGAGAGCGCGACUGACGCUGCCGCCCAAGGCAGCGCGGAAGUUACCGAGACAACGCAGGGCAUCCAGCCCGAGCCCGGACCAGAACCAGAACCAGAACCAGAACCAGAACUAGAACCUGUCGAGCUGCUGGCCUCGUCGAUCUUCCAAUUCGUCAGCACCGCCGACGCUCUGGGCGGUACACUCGGGACAGUGUCUCGCGGUGCAGCGGGUCCGGAAGGACCACGUGGCGGCGCAGUGGCCUACAGCGAAAACACGAGAGAAGACGCCGGGCUGGAGGAAGACGCGGACCAGACCCGGGCCGAGGAUGACGUGCAGCUGCUAAGGCUGCGGACCAAACAUCAAGAGAUCAUUAUCUUUCCCGACCCGAAGUAUAUCUGCUGCGUGGUCCAGAGAAUGGGGAAAACCGUUACUGGCGCGAAUGCACGCCGAUAG